AUGUAUGGAAUCGGGUCUCACUACUAUCUGAAAGUAGAGCAGCACCGGGGCUGCCGGGAGAAGGGGAGGAGGAAGAAGGCCGGGUCUCGAGGCACCUGGGAGUCAGUAAACUGUUGGAUUGUGGUGUGGACCUGGUCCCAAAAGGUUUGGAUGGUGGGGCACGACCAAAAUAUAUGCAGUAUUCUCAAUAGUCUUGACUACUCCAGCAGCAUACACACCAUUCAACAGUUACAUCGUGGAGAGAAAGGGUCAGUAUCGUUGAGGCCAGUGACAGCCAGGCCGUGGACGGCCAUUCCAGAAGGUCAAGGUCUUCAGCUGGCGGAGUCCGGAGUUGUUCUCACAGGAGAUACAGUCAUCGAAUAUCUUCUAGACAAUAAUAUUCUUUCAAAAUUCAGACUCCCAUUUUAUUUGUUGAUCAGUCUUCGUUCGGACAAAUCCAACAAUGCUUUCCUUUUCAGUGUUAGAAAUAAAAGUAGGCUUUGUUUUGGUGUCCAGUUGCUGCCGAGAAAGGUAGUUGUACAUACGGGAGGAAAACAGUCUGUUACAUUUGACUAUUCAGUUCAAGAUGGACAGUGGCACAAUUUUACCAUCGGUGUCGGAGCCAAGUCCAUAUCCUUGUUUGCGGAAUGUGGAAACAAGUACUUUAGCAAGGAGUCUGCAUUUGAUAUUCAGACACUUAGUCCAGGCAGCACGUUUACUUUAGGAAGGAUGGCACCUCAUUCUGUUCCGUUCGAGGGAGCAAUAUGCCAACUUGAGAUUAUGCCUUCAGCAGAAGCAUCUGCAAAUUAUUGUCUUUAUGUGCGAAAGCAAUGUCGUCACGCUGAUACGUAUCGAUCUCAGCCUGAAACCGUAGGGCAGCCAUUGUCAUCCGCAGAUGGGAGGAAUAUUGUAAAUACAAAGGAUGAAACACAAACAAUGUCUAAAUCAGACACUGUCAAUCAACCGGAUCUGUUGACAAACGUUACCUCACUACAUUGGCAGCAAAAUUACCACCUUAGAAAUCGUUCUAUAGGCCAUGGUGAAUCGGAGUAUGAAGUUGCCAUUACUCAAUUUCGAAACAACAGAACAUCUAAAAGCAAAAACAAAUUCAAACAAAUGGUCCAUCGGAAACCAGUAGAGACCAUGACAAUGUAUAGGAAUCUUUCUCUGAUCUCUGCAACACCGUUAGAAACAUUGGCCAAGGAAAAGACAUGGUUGAAGAACAACACCCAGGAGCAAACUACAGAAGAACCGAAGGAUGGAGGGAUGGAAUCUGUGAAGAUCUAUAACAGAACGUUGUAUCAGGAAGCAAGUGACACAUAUGACCAAUAUGAUCUUUGGGAGGAUCCUUACAUUGAUGAAGGAGAAAAAUAUGAGACCGGAAACGGCUAUGAAAUCGACAUGGAGAACUAUGACUACGACUAUGAGGAGUUGAACUUGCUUUUUGAAACGGAUGACUUGGUUGGAGAUAAAGGGGACCCCGGGCCUCCAGGUCCUCCAGGUCCUCCCGGUUUACCAGGUCCCCCAGGGAAAAGAGGUCCAAGGGGAAUGGUUGGACCUCAUGGCAAUCCUGGAUUACCUGGCCCACCUGGUCCAAAAGGUCCAAAAGGGGAUCCUGGAUUAUCACCUGGACAAGCUCCACCUGGCAUGAAGGGAGAUCAAGGGCCCAUGGGAUUGCUAGGAGAUCAUGGACCAUCUGGUCGACAGGGCUCUAAAGGUUAUCCUGGACCACCAGGCCCACCGGGAGAGAAGGGACUUCCUGGCAUAGAUGGCCAUGCAGGGGCACCGGGUUACCCUGGCAGGCAGGGCUUAGCUGGACCAGAAGGAAUCCCAGGCCCUAAAGGGGUUAGAGGCUUUAUAGGAAUACCUGGGGUGCCAGGACCUCCCGGACCUGAAGGAGAACGAGGAAUGCCAGGGCCACCUGGGAAGAAAGGACCGAAAGGAGCCCAGGGUUUUCUUGGAGACUUAGGUGAUAGAGGGCCUCCCGGACCAGAUGGGAGCCCAGGAAUUGUUGGUGGUGUUGGACCUCCUGGGUUUCCUGGCUUGAGA